UUAACAUGGUCAACAGAACGCCUCAAGCCAAUGACUGGGUGCACGAUAAUAAUGAUUCCAACUGCAGCCCUUUUAGGCAUCCGGUAGACAUUAGGGUGAAACUUGUUGAAACCACGUUUAUGACAUGGUUCAGAAUUCAUUAUCGAUAUCCACAUCGGUUGGGUGAUGCAAAUCAGGCAAUUGAUGCGAAAAUCAAUGGCACCGUUAGCUGUUUACAUAAAAGAGUGUACCUGUUUCGUACCGGGAUCGUGGAUGUUAGCUGUGACAAUAUUGUACUAAUGUCUUCUCUGGUCAUCAGUGGCAGAAUUACGACAAUGUUAUGUAAUAUUUUUGUUAGUGGAG